GGGAGCCCUGCGAUUACAAGUCACUAAUCUGUCACGAGGUGAUGUCGGAGAAGAUGGAGAGGAAAAUGAGCAAUUGCGGAUCCGUUCGAUUUGUUUUGUUGAUAUUGCUGUUCUCGAUAACGUUGUCCAAAGCAGACAAUUUUGAUAAGCGAAAGAAUGUUUUGGUUAUGAUUGGAGACGAUGUGGGUUUCCAAACCCAGGUUUAUAAUAACACUGUUUGCAAAACUCCAAAUUUGAACGCUUUGGCAAAACGCAGUGUUACUUUCAGGAACGGCUUCACAUCUGUGAGUAGCUGUUCCCCGAGCCGGUCCGCCAUCUUAACAGGUCUUCCGCAGCAUCAGAAUGGUAUGUAUGGCCUUCAUCAGUCAUAUCAUCACUUUAACUCCUUUGAUGCAGUCAAGAGUCUUCCUUUGGUGUUACAGAAGAAUAAUGUGCGAACUGGAAUCAUUGGCAAAAAACAUGUAGGGCCUGAAACAGUUUAUCCAUUUGACUUUUCGUACACUGAGCAAAACUGUGGCCUCCUGCAGUGUGGCCGCAAUAUCACCCACAUGAAAGACCUUGCUCGCAAGUUUUUUCAAGGAUCACAGAAUGACUCUCGGCCAUUCCUUCUUUAUAUUGGUUUCUUUGAUGCCCAUCGCAGUGCAAGUAAUCCAAAAUAUGGGCCAUUUUGUGAGAGGUUUGGAAAUGGCGAGCCAGGCAUGGGAGUUAUACCGGAUUGGAAGCCACUACACUACUCCCCUGACGAAGUUGUGGUGCCGUUUUAUACACAACACACACCAGCCGCUCGAGAUGAGAUUGCUAAGCAGUACACUUCAGUCAGCCGUCUUGAUCAGGGAAUAGGGCUUAUACUAGAAGAACUUCGCCAGGCAGGUUUUGAAGAGAACACCCUGGUUAUUUUCAGCUCUGAUAAUGGGAUCCCUUUUCCUGGUGCGAAGACUAACCUCUAUCAUCCUGGUAUGGCUGAGCCCUACCUUGUUUCAUCCCCUGAGGCCCCUGAACGUUGGGGCCACAUAAGUGACGCCAUGGUGAGCUUAUUGGAUAUAGUACCUACUGUGCUGGAUUGGUUGAAAAUUGACUAUCCCACUUACAGGCUGUUUGGAUCGAAGUCUGUGAAGCUGACUGGUAAGUCUGUCUUACCAGUGCUACAUCAAGAACCACGGGAAGGAUGGGAUACAGCUUUUGCCAGUCACGACUUACAUGAAGUGACAAUGUAUUAUCCAAUGAGAGUCCUGCAGAAGAAAAAUUUCAAACUUAUUCACAACCUUGCCUACAAGAUGCCGUAUCCAGUUGCCUAUGAUAUCUUCAGAUCCGCUACUUACCAGGACCUUUUGAAUCGGACACGAGAGGGGAGGCCCACGGGAUGGUUUCGCACAUUGGAGCAGUAUUAUUACCGAGCACAGUGGGAACUGUUUGACUUGAACACUGACCCUAAAGAGCUGACAAACCUGUUUGAUAAACCGCAAUAUCAGAAAUUGGUGAAAGAGAUGCGUCUUGAGCUGUUGGCUUGGCGAGAGACAACUAAUGAUCACUGGAUAUGCUAUCCAGGAGGUGUUCUGGUCGAUGGUGCUUGUUAUUCCAUGGAUAAUGGCCUGUGAUCUAUGACUCUUGUCGUAAACCCUGCUCUUUCCUCUUGGAGAUGAAAAGCUCUAACUUCCUACCCUGUAAAUUACCGUAUUUUUUCCGAUUAAACGCCCUUGACGUUUAUUUCAAACUUGGUUUCGCAUUUUUUUGACUUUUGCAGUGUAUUUGAGCCUGGAGUUAAUUAGAGUUUGUAUUGAUUGUUAUUUUUGAGAGCUAAAUAUCUUAUAGUUAUACCUAAAGUUUAUUAUACCUCGAAUACAAAUUCCUCGAAGGUCUUAUUUACGAAUCUACCAGGCAGACCAGGCGUUUAUUUGGGCGAUAUUCCAAAAAAUACGGUAUCUUAAUCUUUGAAUUUUUAUUGAUUGAAAUCGUUAGCAAUAAUAGAAAUGCACAAAUACUGUGAUACUCAAUCAUAUAUUACAGGACAAAAUAGUGUACAAACUAGUAACAUUCCAAGACUGCAGAAUGAUUAUGUCAAUCAAUAGGUCCAAGUUGUCCGUAGUAACGAGGGAAGAGCAAUAAGAAUAUUAGUUUGGGACCACGUGAGGUGUCGCUAUUUGGUGUCUGUAACAGCUAGAGUCCGUGUCAGUGGGAUUUGCUUCCCUACAUUUCUCUCUGUUUUCGGCCAUGGAUGUAGCUUCUGCCUGUAAUAAUGGGAUGUCCAGAAGGGGAGAGUUGACUGUAAGUAGAAUUUAUGGAAGUUUAACUUCCAGUAUUCACCUUCGCUGUAUUGUAUUUACUGCCGGCGCCUUUCAAUAACACGCGAACUUACAAGUUAAAAUCCUAACUAACGACUGCGCUUUUGGCUGCCGUCAAUUAUCAUUACGAUGACAACCAAUGAACUUUGAGAAAAAAAAA